AGAAAUUUAUUCUCAUAGAUAAUACAUAGUUAGAUAGGAGGGUAUUCGGAGUGCCUUCUUAUCAAUUCGCUUUUAUCGAGAAUAGGAUACUUCAUUUUCUCAUCUUGUCUCCUUGUCUCCCUCACUAGACAACAUGACGUCGCAGAUCGAGCAGGCCGAAGCGCCGCAUCAGAACUUCGAUACUAUCCUCACACUUGAUUUUGGCUCUCAAUACACCCACCUGGUCACCAGGCGUCUCCGCGAUCUCAAUGUAUACUCUGAGAUGCUGCCAUGUACUACAAAACUCAAGGACUUGAGCUGGAAGCCAAAGGGCAUCAUUUUGUCUGGCGGACCAUACUCUGUCUAUGAGGACAAUGCUCCCCAUUGCGACCCAGCGUUCCUUAAACUCGGUAUUCCUAUUCUUGGAAUAUGCUACGGACUUCAAGAGCUUGCAUGGACGAUCGCUAAAGAGAAUGUAACCGCUGGUACUGCUCGUGAAUAUGGCCUUGCUGAAGUCGUGGCGCAACGCCAUAACAGCCACGUCGACCGUCUCUUCGAAGGCCUUGGAGAUACCAUGCAAGUUUUCAUGUCGCACGGCGACAAACUGAGCCAGCUUCCUUCUGGCUUCUGCACCAUUGCUACCACCCGAAACUCCCCCUUCGCCGGCAUUGCCCACGAAACCGAGCCCAUCUUCGCAAUCCAAUGGCACCCCGAAGUCGAGCACACGCCUCGAGGAAAAGACUUACUCCGGAAUUUCGUCGGCAUCUGCGGCGCGAAGCAGAACUGGACCAUGUCUAACUUUAUCGAGCAAGAAAUAUCUCGAAUUCGGGGGCUCGUUGGACCAACUGACCACGUUAUUGGGGCCGUUUCGGGGGGAGUGGAUUCAACUGUUGCCGCGAAGUUGAUGCAGGAGGCCAUCGCCGAUCGGUUCCACGCUGUGUUGGUCGAUAACGGCGUUAUGCGUCUGAAUGAGUGCCAGCAGGUCAAGCAGACGCUUGCGCAACAUCUCGGGAUCAAUCUCAAAAUCGUCGAUGGGGCGGAGAGAUUUCUCAAUGGUCUUGCUGGCGUCACGGAGCCAGAGCAGAAGCGCAAGUUUAUCGGUGGCUGUUUCAUCGACCUAUUCGAGGAGGAGGCUGUCAAGAUCGAAAAGGCUCAGGAGAAUGCUCCUAGCCCUGGAAAGGUCAAGUGGUUUUUGCAGGGAACACUGUACCCGGACGUUAUUGAGUCUCUUUCCUUCAAGGGGCCAUCAGCAACUAUCAAAAGUCAUCACAAUGUCGGCGGUCUGCCACAGCGGAUGAUAGACGGUCAAGGCCUAAAGCUCAUCGAGCCAUUACGCGAGCUCUUCAAAGACGAGGUCCGUGAGAUGGGCCGACAACUGGGUAUCCACGAGGACCUGGUCAUGCGCCACCCCUUCCCAGGCCCUGGUCUCGCAAUCAGAAUCCUCGGCGAAGUAACUGCCGAGCGCGUGGAUAUCGCGCGCCGAGCCGACGAUAUCUACAUCAGCAUGAUCCGCGAAGCCGGCAUAUACAACGACAUGUCCCAAGCCUACGCGGGCCUCGACUCGUCACGCUCUGUGGGCGUGAUGGGCGAUAAGCGGGAGUACGGGUAUAUCGUGAUACUGCGGGCGGUGCGAACUAGUGAUUUCAUGACCGCCGAGGCGUAUGAGUUUGACUGGGCGCUACUGAAGAGGAUUACCAGUCGGAUUGUGAAUGAGAUCCAGGGCGUUAGCAGAGUUGUGUAUGAUUCGACCUCGAAACCGCCUGGAACCAUCGAGUUGGAGUGAAUGUAUCCGCUCUGAAUGAGCAUGGCCGUUAUACGUGUUAACUAGGUGAUAUAGAUAGAGUAUGCUAAUGAAGUUAAUGUUUACCUUUCUCGUCACUAUAUAACCCGUCAGCACUUCUCACAGAAUAUAAAA